AUGGAGACAACAAAUGAAACAAAAGCUAAACAAUUAGUGAAAAAUGACCCGGAAAAAAUGGAGGCCAGCGAGAAGCAGGAGCCCGAGGCGGCCAAGGACGAGAAGGUCAAAAAAAAGUCCGAGUAUGAGGGCAGUGUCGUUAUCUGGCGCGGGGUCCUCGAGUGGACCGAGCCGAUAAGAAAGACCCUGAAUGGCAAGCCGGACCCCGAGAAGGAGCCUCAGAAGAGCAAGGAGAUCAUCUGCAAGCUCCUCGUCUGGGACCUGGAUGACGGAAUUAACGAGCUCAAGCGGAACCUCCCGGAGAAACUCACCAUGACGCUGAUGCGCAAGCAGUUCAUCAGGAACACUGACAAGAGCUUCUUCAGCAACUCUACCAGGACGCUUUUUGACAUGGAGGCCAGCGAUAAGCUCAACUCGCUCACCAAGUCUAUCUUCAAUAUUUUAGAAUUUGGCUGUAUAUUUUUUUCAUCAAAGCCCAACAGUCAACUACCACAACCGCAACUCACAACAAAAAACAAUAAAGUAUGCACCCUUCACUAUGCAGCAGAACGGCAGAUGUACAUAGGAUUUUUUCUAAAUGACACUACAAAUUUUCUGAACCGAAUGCACGAAAUAAUCCAGUACCAGAAAGGCAUCGAGACAUUUUUUAAACCAGGCAAAAUCACUGUUCCUAAUCCAGUAGUUUCUUCAUUCUACAAGGACUUCAUAGUGGAGGAGUACAAGGGUGAGCUGAUCCAGCAGUUGCAAAGCAUCCCCAGGAUAAAAGAGGAGCGUAAGGAGCGCGCAAAAAUGUGCCACGAGAACAGCCAAUCUAAGAAAGUCCGGGAACGCAAGAAGUUCCUCGAAAAACAGAAGAUUAGACAGCAGAAGCAGCUGGAACUGGAACAGGAACAAGAGGCUGAGAAGAAGCUGGAUGAGAUGAUGAAGUUCCAGAAUGAAAUCUUGGAACAGAUGCCCAGGAAAAUUGGAAAGAAGGUCAAAAUUGAAGGAACCAAAAUUGAGGAAGUCCAGCAAAUUUUUGGGCCGAAAGGCGAGAGGCUGGAGGAAGCCGUUCUGCAGAGUGAGAUGGACCAGUUGAAGGUUCUGGUAAGACAGCGGUUGAAUGAUAAGCAGAAAGUUGUAAAAGUUUUGCAGAAUGUUGGACUGAAGCACUUGGAGGAGAAGGUGGAGAAAAGUCUGAGAAAAAUUGCUGUACAGCAUCAAUUGAAGGUUGAGGAACACCAAAAUUCUACGGAACAGCGGAAGGAACAGCUAAGAGCGGAACAGAGUUCUGUGGAACAUUUGGAACGAUCUUUAAAGAAGGAAGUGUCUGCUGUGAAACAAUCGGAAUUUGUUAGGGAACUGCAGAACAAUCAAGUUCUGGAAGUGGAACAACAAAGUACUAGUAAACAGCUAGAUAUAGUGGAGAAACAAUGUUCUGAGGAACAAUUGGAACAACAAAGUUCCAUUGAAUUGAAACAACAAAAUACUGUUUUGGUAAAUGAGAUAACAUUUAUAGAACAAGUGGAACAACAAUGUUCCAUGGAACAGAUGGAACAACAAUGUUCCACAGAACAAGUGGAACAACAAUGUUCCACAGAACAAGUAGAACAACAUCGUUCCAUGGAACAUGUGGGACAACAAUGUUUUACAGAACAAGUGGAACAACAAUGUUCUGCAGAACAAGUGGAACAAAAAAGUUCCAUAGAACAUGUGGAACAACAAAGUUCCAUGGAACAAGUGGAACAAAGUUCCAUUGUUUUAGAAAAUGAGCAAAAAUUUGUAAAACAAGUGGAACAACAAAAUUCUACGGAACAAAAGGAACAACAAAGUUCUACAGAACACAAAAAAAUAACUGCUGUAUUGUUACAGCCCCAGAAUUUUAUAACCCAACAAAAAUUAGUGGAACAACAAAGUGACCCAGAACUCCAAAAGUUUGUCAAACAAAAUUCGAUGGAACUUCUAGAACUCGAAAACAAUUGUUCCGAGAACUUGAAACAAAGUUCCAGUGACGAGUCAAAAUCCAAAGACAAAACAAAGAAGCAAAAGACCGACAAGGUUGUGAUUCUUCAGGAACAUAAAAAGCAAAUGGAGCCUGAGAGGAAAAAAGAAGAUAAAAAGUCGAAGAAGCAGCAACAGCAGCAGAAACUCAAGGAACAGAAGAACUUGCUGAAGACAAUAAACCACCAGCACAAUCAUCUUCACCACCAUCAUCACGUGGCUUCGCUGAGUGGUUCUGGAAUUGUUGCAAAGAAGAUUGAAAAGACGAUUCCGUUGUUGGUCACUCAGAAGCACUCGAUUCUCUGGCAAGGACUCCUGGAGUGGCACGAGAAAAUCAAGUGCCCUCCUGGAGAGAACAACAAGCAGAUCAGGUUCAAUGUUCUCUGUCAGAUGCUCUCUCACACCAGCGCCACCAAUGCGGAACUCAAAAUGAAUUUAUGGCCGCCUAAACUGAUCAUGCAGCUGAUUCCCUUGCAGCUGAUCAAGAGCAUCGACAAGAACUACUUCCUUAAGACCAAACAUAUUUUUUGUAAUCUUAUUUCUUGCACUACUUUGGAUUCUCUUGUUAAUUCUAUGAAGACUGGAAAGAUUGGAUUGAUUCUCUUCAAGUCAGACCAACAAUCGACAACCAAAUGUGAUAUUAGAGUUUUUCUUCUGCUGUACAUCGAAGAGAAACGCGCAUUUUUUGGAUCUUUUCCCGAGGACCAGAUUACUUUUGCUAAUCAUCUUAGGAAGUUGAUUGAAUAUGAAAUGAGAAUUGAAGCUGUUAUUAAACAGCGACAUCAACGAGUAGAAAAUUCAAACAAGCAACAAACAGUUGUCAAUUUAACUGAGAAAUUAUCCCAACCUUCCGCUGCCAAUUCUCAUAAUAAUAAUAACAAUAAUAAUAAUAAUAAUAAUAAUAAUAAUAAUAAUAUAAGUAAUAAUAAUAACAAUUGUGCCAAUGGAAUUGUAAAUUCUCAAAAAACCGAAUUUGAUAAUUUAAAAAACGCGCGGCAGCAAAAUUUAAUAAGAAUUCAAUUGUUGAAAGAAUUAUUAGCAGAAGCUGAGCAGCAGGAAGUCCUCUAUAAGUCACAAAUAGAAAUAAAUGUACGUAUAAAUUUUUUAAAUUAA